AGGCCCGGGGAGGGAGCCGUCGGGGCACGGCGAGCCGCGAGGGCGUGGGAUGCGCAGCCUGGCGGGCAUGGGGAAGCGGGGGAACCAGGGCGAGGCGACGGCGGGCGAGCGCGAGGCGGCGAUGCCCACCUUCCGCUGGGAGGAGAUCCAGAGGCACAACCUGCGCACCGACAAGUGGCUGGUGGUGGACCGCAAGGUCUACAACGUCACCGCGUGGGCCAAGCGGCCCCCGGGGGGCCAUCGAGCACUACGCGGCGGGCGGGCGGGCGAGGAUGCCACGGAUGCCUUCCGUGCCUUCCACCCUGACCUUGACUUCCUGAGCAAGUUCCUGAAGCCCUUGCUGAUUGGUGAGCUGGCCCCAGAGGAGGCCAGCCUGGACCGUGGCCAGAGUGUUCAGAUCACCGAGGACUUCCGGGCCCUGAAGAGAACGGCCGGGGACAUGAACUUGUUCAAGACCAACCACUUCUUCUUCUUCCUCUUGGGGCACAUCAUUGUCAUGGAGAUGAUCGCAUGGCUCAUCCUUCAUUACUUUGGCAAUGGCUAGAUUCCUACCCUCAUCACGGCCUUUGUCCUUGCUACCUCUCAGGCUCAAGCUGGAUGGCUUCAACACGAUGACGGCCACCUUUCUGUCUACAAGAAGUCCAAGUGGAACCACGUUGCCCACAAGUUUGUCAUUGGCCACUUACAGGGUGCCUCCGCCAACUGGUGGAACCAUCGCCAUUUCCAGCACCACGCCAAACCCAACAUCUUCCACAAGGACCCGGAUGUGAAGAUGCUCCACGUGUUUGUCAUGGGCGAAUGGCAGCCCCUCGAGGUUAUGAGUAGGACGCAUGAUGAUCCGUGUCACCCUCUGGCCCUUCCCUCAAGUCAUAAUCUACACCUUGUCAACGCAGCUGUUCUUAUUCACCUGGUGGUCCCCAGUCUCUAUACCCUUUUAUCCACCAUUCCCCCCCCACAAACCCAGUACUUUUCCGUUCUAGACCCUAAAGAUGCUUUCUUCACUGCUCCCAUUCACACUCAAUGUCAAGACCUUUUUGCCUUCACCAGGACAGAUCCAGACACCCAUCACUCCCAACAGCUCACCUGGACAGUCCUCCCUCCAGGGUUUCAAGACAGUCCACAUUUCUUUGGCCAAAUUUGUCUCCAAGUUUUCUCAUCCACCAUCUGGCAGGAACGAGGAUUUUUGACUACUCAAGGAGGCUCCAUUAAAAAAGAAUACCUCAUUAAAUCUCUCCUGGAAGCAGCCCAACUACCUUCCCAGGCUGCCGUCCUCCGUUGCAAAGGACAUCAAGUCCCCACUGAUUGUAUUACCAAGGGAAACAAUUUUGCAGAUGGACGACCAAACUGGCAGCCCAAUUCCAAUCCUCUAACUUCAUACCUUCCUACCUUCCUGCUCUAUAGACAACUCCUCCGGGAACAAGCAGACUCCUUCUUACCCCAGUCUGUUCCUACCAUUCCAACUGGCCUUAAGAUUCACCCAGGCGAAAGGGUCCUCCUUAAAACUCACUCUCCCAAGCCCCUACACCCAAAAUGA